UUCACCGGGCGGACUGGCUGGCGGCGAUCUCCGCAUUGGAUUUGGGGCUGAUCGUCGCGGCUCGGUGAGAUUGCGAUUAUAUCUCUGCUUUCUGAACCCGAGGGAGAGAGACACAUCCAGAAAAAAAAAGCAACCGCCACAAAACAAAACUGGGAUUUAUCUAACAUGAUCUUGGCAAACGCCUUCUGCCUCUUCUUCUUUUUAGACGAAACCCUCCGCUCUUUGGCCAGCCCUUCCUCCCCGCAGGGCCCCGAGCUCCACGGCUGGCGCCCCCCAGUGGACUGUGUCCGGGCCAAUGAGCUGUGCGCUGCGGAAUCCAACUGCAGUUCCCGCUACCGCACACUUCGACAGUGUCUGGCGGGCCGAGAUCGGAACACCAUGCUGGCCAACAAGGAGUGCCAGGCCGCCCUGGAGGUCUUGCAGGAGAGCCCGCUGUACGACUGCCGCUGCAAGCGAGGCAUGAAGAAGGAGCUACAGUGUCUGCAGAUCUACUGGAGUAUCCACCUGGGGCUGACGGAGGGUGAGGAGUUUUAUGAAGCUUCACCUUACGAGCCAGUGACCUCACGCCUCUCCGACAUCUUCAGGCUUGCCUCCAUCUUCUCAGGGACAGGGGUAGACCCGGUGGUCAGUGCCAAGAGUAACCACUGCCUGGAUGCCGCCAAGGCCUGCAACUUGAACGACAACUGCAAGAAACUGCGUUCGUCCUACAUCUCCAUCUGCAACCGAGAGAUCAUGCCCACCGAGCGCUGCAACCGCCGCAAGUGCCACAAGGCCUUGCGCCAGUUCUUCGACCGGGUGCCCAGCGAGUACACCUACCGCAUGCUCUUCUGCUCCUGCCAGGACCAGGCCUGUGCUGAGCGCCGCCGGCAGACCAUCCUGCCCAGCUGCUCCUACGAGGACAAGGAGAAGCCCAACUGCCUGGACCUGCGCAGCCUCUGCCGCACUGACCACCUGUGCCGGUCCCGACUGGCAGACUUCCAUGCCAACUGUCGAGCCUCCUACCGAACACUGACUGGCUGCCCUGAGGACAACUACCAGGCGUGUCUGGGAUCCUAUGCUGGCAUGAUCGGGUUUGAUAUGACUCCCAACUAUGUGGACUCGAGCCCCACCAGCAUCGUGGUGUCCCCUUGGUGCAGUUGUCGGGGCAGCGGAAACAUGGAGGAGGAGUGUGAGAAGUUCCUAAGGGAUUUCACUGAGAAUCCGUGCCUCCGGAAUGCCAUCCAGGCCUUUGGCAAUGGCACAGAUGUGAAUGUGUCCCCCAAAAGCCCCUCAUCACAGGCCACCCAGACCCCUCGGGUGGAGAAGACUCCUUCUUUGCCAGAUGACCUCAGUGACAGCACCAGCCUGGGGACCAGUGUCAUCACCACUUGCACAUCUGUCCAGGAGCAAGGGCUGAAGGUCAACAACUCCAAAGAGUUGAGCAUGUGCUUCACAGAGCUCACUACAAACAUCAUGCCGGGGAGUAAAAAGGUGGUCAAACCUAACUCAGGCCCCAGCAGAGCCAGACCAUCGGCUGCCUUGACUGCACUCCUCCUCCUGAUGCUGACAUUGGCCUUGUAGGCCGGGGGAACCACGGCACAAGAUUUCUACGCUCUCCACAGACGAGAACUCCCGCCUAACAACAUGGAAACAAACCCACACCUCCCCACACAACCCCCUUUGCAAAAAAAGAAAAAAAAAAAAGAAAAAAGAAAAAAGGAAAAAAAAAAAGUUCUUUUUCCCACCUUGUCUCUGAAUCUGUCUCCUCCCAGCUUUCUUCUCUGGAGAAGUUUUUCUAAACCAAACAGACAAGAUGGUGGGCAGCCUGAGAGCCAGCCCUGAGGUCCCCUGGCCAGGGACACCCAGUGCUGAUGAGAGCACAAGGCUGUGGAAAUUCCCUUCAUGUCGUCUGGUUCUUUUUUCUCUCUGGACCCUUCUGAUAUAAGAGGCCCAGACCAGCCCCCUGCUAGGGUGGGACUUGCACCGUGCCCAGUGUAGGCUGGGUACGGGAAAACCGCAGCUGCCAUGGAGCCGCCCACCCUCAGGGCCUGUUGGGGGUCUAGCAGAGGGCAUUGAUCACCUUGGAAGCAGGGCCAACCAGGCCAUGCCAGCCUUUCCUCUUGGCUUCCAAGAUGAUAAUUUAGCCUCCCCUCUGCCCUCAGGUGUCUGGGUGGGUCUGUGUCUGGUGUGGGAGAUCCCACACCUGGGCUGGGCCCCUGGACCAGACUAUAGGGUGAUGGGGGCUGGGACAGCUCCAGGAGGAGCCCAUCUGGGAGAAUUCCUACAGGGAGGACGCAAGCCGUGGAUGCUGUGUGUCUCUCUUCCUGAUGGCAGGAAUUUUGAAGUCAAAGAGAAGUGAUGAUCUGUGGGCUUUUCUUUUGUUUAUUGUGGGUCCAUUUGGCGGGUCUCCCUUUGGGCAGAAGGGACCAUUGAAGGGGUGGAGGAGACCACAGCUGGAUGUGUGGCAACCACCUUCUCUGAUCUCGCAGAGCUCAGUUCUCUCUCCUCUCCUUUCUUCAUCUCCACUUUCUCUUUCCUCAUUUCCAAGACAAUGUCAACUGUCUGUCUGUACAUAUGGAACUCCUUUCUCAAUGUAUGUGUAUAUACACAUCCAUAUACAUAUAUCCUGUGCUUUUUCUCUUUCCUUUUUUUAAGAAACAAAACUAUGGAAAUAAUACCCUACAGAUGAGCGGAGAUGUAUUAUUGUAAAGUUUAUUUUUUUUAAUAAUGUUGUCUAUAAUGGGAACAAAGGAAACGGACUCCCAUGAGCCCUGCACCGGUUGGGAUGACAGCUGUGGCCAAGGACUGAUCCACAGUCACGCUUAACCAGGCUCGAAUAAACGUACUAGGAAGAGACUUGC